CUAACUUCGUAAAGCCGGUGUUACUAGUGUAAACAAGGACAUGUGUGUGUGCUCCCUGACAAGCAGCUGUGUAGGGACACAGUUCUCAAGCACGUUACCCCCCCUCCAACCUCUAUGCUUUAACCCCCAACUAACCUUCCUUUCAGAUCUAGAGAGGAGAGAGUAGUGUGAGAGGAAGUGAGUGAAUCAGAAGUGUGACAGUGGAGACCGGAGGAGAGCAGAAGGUAGCCACAGUGUGGUGCUGUAAGAACCCAGCCAGGAUGAGCGUGGCUCGGGUCCUCAGCCCACUCAGGCUCAACACCCCUGAGAAGAAUGGCAAGCCUAGUGGACGCACUACUAUGACAGAGGGCCUGGCGACGCCCCUGCGCUCCGUCCUCACCUGUCCUGGAUGCUGCCGAAGGUUCGACGACCUCUCCCACAGGCCCAAGUUCCUCUCCUGCUUCCACACCGUCUGUUUAGCAUGCAUCCGCAAGUCCUUCUCCAGCGGCAAGGUGAAAUGCCCGGCAUGUCUGAAGACGACGGAGACCAAGUCGGCGGAGGUCCUGCCGGACAACACGCAGCUCUGCACCAUCCUGCUCAACAUGUCGUCCUUGAACCUGCACGAGGUGUCCACCUCGGCCCCCUCCAGGGACACCUGCACCGCUCAUACCGCCCGCAUCAACUUCUGGUGCGACACCUGCAGGCUGCCCCUCUGUAGGGACUGUACCGUCCUCGCCCACCGAGAGUCCCAGGGGCACAAGGUCCGGGACCACGACCAGGCGGUGGCGGUGCUGAGGGCGGAGGUGCGCAGCACGGUGGGCGAGGCCCGCACCCUCCUACAGGAGACCCGCCGGCUGCGUCACGACCAACGCAAGUAUCUUCUGCGUCAGCUUGACGCAGCUCGCGCCUACGAGAAGCAACUCAAGUCGGAACUGAAGACUAUAGACAACGAUAAGAAAGAUGAGACCCGUGGCCGCCUUGAUCGCAUCGAAACCGACUCUGAGAUCGAGACGUCACUGGUGGGACUUCACGACAUGGCCCAGCGGGCGGGCUCCUUGGUCAGUCGUCUGUCCCAGGACCUUGCCACGGCCAAGGCUGUCUUGGCCGACUCCUUCCUUACACUGGGCAAGCUCAACCGCUCGCAGGAUGACUUAGACGCCAUCGACAUAAGAUCUGCAGCCAGUGGAGGCUCCUCCGAGGCGUCGCCGGCCAAACUCAGCGUGAAUGUGGAGGAGGCGGGACCCAGCGGCAGAAGUACUCCGGAGGGACGCUCCCCCAGCAGCCCUGCCCGCGGGUGUGUGGACCGACGCAGCCAGAGUCUGGCGGGCCACUACGGCAGCAGACGUCUCCCUAACAACGGACGGGCCAGCAAGGUGGCCAUGUUGCGGCCCGCCCUCAGCCUGGAGGCGCCCAUGCCCACCAUCCAGCCGCUGCCCAGAGUCUACCUCGACCUCAGCAUCGAGGGCAUCAAGCAAACUGCGCGUGUUGUGAUCGAGCUGCGGCCGGACAUGGCUCCCCAGCUGUGUGAGAACUUCAUCAUGCUGUGCACAGGGGCGCGAGGCUUCGGCUACCGCGGCAGUCAGGUCUUCCGCUGCCUGCCCGGCUGGUGGCUCCAGGGAGGCGACUUCCAGAACAACGACGGUGAGGGCGGCCGCGCUGCCCUGGGUGAUGACGAGCUCAUCAGCGCCGAGACCACAGAGCUGGAGCCGCGACCAGGCGCCGUAGAGAUGCUGUGUAUGUCCACUAACGAGAAGGGCAAGCUGAUGGUGGGCUCCCAGUUCUUCAUCCACGUGAAGAAGUACAGCUACACCCACGUCUUCGCUUACGUGAUAGAUGGACUCGAUCUAGUAGAUAAGAUGACGCAGCUCGGGGACUCCACCCACGUGUACCGCCCCACCAAGACCAUCACCAUAGCUGACAGCGGCCUCCUGGCGGCCUGAGGACCACCGGGCCCCUACACCACCUCGAGGUCCCCCCCUCCUCCACCUCCUCGGGGGCCCCCACCACAUGCUCACCCCCACACCGUCUAGUCUGAGGACCGGGCCCCCACCAACACCACUACCACCACCUCGGGUCCACGCCACAGGCUCAUCUCCUCCAGCCCCGUCAUAAACGAAGGCCAAAGUCCAUUCCAUGCACCCGCCAACCCCCCCUUCCCCUGUUUAUGAAUGAAAAACGGUUUUCAUACGACUCACAACUGAUGACGUUUGAACUCUUUUUAAAACAAUGCUUCGCUGACGACCCUCUGUUCGAACCACAACGCUGUAAAUGCUUCGAAUGCUGUAAAUGUAAAUGAAUCAACCCACGUACUACCAAAUACAAAUAAUCGCCAACAGAACCUAAAUACCUAACCUAACCAAUGCUUAAAUAUGCACAGUAUUGUAAUAUAUAUAACAAUAUUAAUUUACAUUUGAGAAAAUUCUUAAUUUGAAUGAAGAGUAUGUUAAAACUGAUGAAUGCGUCUUUGGGGUCGACCGCUGGAUGGAAUGGACUUGGUCAGAGGACGGGUCACACCGUCUAGCCAUGUCUUGUACUGCCGCUGAGUUCCUUCCAACUUAGGUUUACAGACACUGCGCCAACUUAAUGGCUUAUCCAGGCAACAACGUGAACAAAACAUGUUUUGAAUUGUUUACUGAAACAUGCCACAAUCCUGACAGCUGAAACAAGCCCACAAUCUCCAGUUCUGCUCCUCCACCUUUAUCAAACGGCCCACAACUGCGUGCGUCACACUCAAGGGGUGAGUGUGACGCACGCCGGCGUGUGUUGCGUCUGCUGGGGUCCUCGUAAGUUCUCCGGGUUCAACACUCUUGCACGCAGUAUUGGAACUCCGCCCCUUCGCCUAAGGCUUGUCCAGCGACGGCUUCGACUGCUUGUCCAGCGACGGCUUCGACUGCUUGUUCAGCGACGGCUUCGACUGCUUGUCCAGCGACGGCUUCGACGGCUUGUUCAGUGACGGCUUCGACGGCUUGUCCAGGGACGGCUUCGACGGCUUGUCCAGGGACGGCUUGUCCAGGGACGGCUUCGACGGCUUGUCCAGGGACGGCUUCGACGGCUUGUCCAGCGACGGCUUCGACGGCUUGUUCAGUGACGGCUUCGACGGCUUGUCCAGCGACAAGCUUCGACGGCUUGUCCAGCGACGGCUUCGACGGCUUGUCCAGCGUCCUGCUCAUUUGGAUCAUUCUUCAGCAGGACCUUGGUGAUGCCUGCCUCCAGCAGCCCACUUACAGCGCCACCUUCAGCAGUAAAUAUACCUGAUCGUCAUCAGAGAGAGAGAGAGAGAUCGAUGCUGUUGACCUCAACUUCUAUUUUAAACUUUGAUGCAAAUCACAAGUUACUGUUAUUACUCUUUGUCAGCCUUGACGAGAGGACUUGCCGCUGACACAAGAACAGGUCCCCGGAGGUCAAUAUAUAUACAGCGUCCUGCCGCAUGGCCAUACUUUAGCUCUGUGCUAAAGGGGGCCAGACUGUGCUCGAGUGACGUUGAAUCCAGGUAGAAUCAACGUUAAUUCAAUGUUUCCUCAACGUCGUUUGCCUAGAUUUGCCCCCCCCCCAAGGGAUAGGUAAACAAAGACAUCACGACGUGGCGUAUGAUAUCACCGCCGCUUCUUCAAGUGCUAUCGAAAAGGAUAACACUUGAAGAAGUGCUAUCCUCCCCCCCCCCCCCUCCCCUACAGUGCUCUCAUCACUGCUACUUCCUCAAUUCAAAACGAAAAUGGCAAUCAAGACAAAAUGCUAAGAAUAUUAUUGCUGCUUCCUAAGAGUCAAUCAAAAAACGAGUGGAAGGUGCUACUAGCUAAGUGUAGUGGGAUGAAGACGAUUAUUAGACGUCUUCAGCCGCGCCUCUCCACCCGCACUAGAGCCCCCCCUCCCCCCCUCACCGCGGGCACCGUAGCUGCGCUUAGCGCGCUCACUGCGCUCUCACAAGGUCUCUUAUGCAACUUGUAGUAAUUAUUUUAUGUUGUAAAUAUUGUGUCAAAGCACGAAUUGUAUCGUUCAAUAAAAAAGAGUUUCUUCCGUAAAAGAAAGGUAUCAAUAGUUGAAUUAUAAACAUUUAAACCAUUUCAUCCUUAUCUCUAGUACAGGUAAAGUUGUGUGUGUGUGUGUUUGUUUGUUUGUUUGUUGAGUAUUGUGGCUGACACCUCCACUGGUGUCAGUUUUGGAGUAAAUAGUUACCUCUCUCA